UUGCGACAAUCUAGGUAUCAAGACGUGCCAUGUCAGGAUCAGAAUCGCAUCAUACUAAAAUGGCAUUGUGCCGUGACCGAUUAUAUUCAUGCCAACUAUGUUGGAACUCCUGUAUCCGUUAAACGAUUCAUUCUCACGCAAGGUCCAUUAGAAGGUACUGUCAAUGAAUUUUGGCAAAUGGUAUUGCAAGAAGAAGCAGAAACCAUAGUCAUGCUUUGUAACUGCAUUGAAACUACACGAGUGCUUUCCCCGGAAGAAUUGACCGUAAUAGUUUGCAUCUUGAAGAUAAAUUACUCCCGAGCUGAUGGUUCUAUGGAUUCAAGAGAAGUUCGCCAUUAUCAAUGGCAGGACUGGCCCGAUCGAGGGGUCCCGCCGUGCAAGUUAACUAGCAUGGUUUGUUCCUGA